GUGUUGGUCGGAACAGAUGGCAGUGCGUGCUGCGCCUCGGCCAGAGAUGGGCGUAGCGAGUGGCGGGAGUGCGUCAUGCUCGGCGUGACGUUGGAGCCGCGGCACGAUGGCAGCCACCACUGCUGCCGCCCUUGCGUGCCUGCUGUUUUUGAUGAUCGGCAGCGCGCGUCUGCAGGACGCCGAAACACCGCUAUGCCAGCGACCGGGCUGCAACUGCGUCCAAAACACCGCGAGCUGCGAGUUCGCUCCUGAUCAGGUGGUGCAGCUGGGCGCGGGCGCGCUGCCGGCGGGCUCCUCGGUGUCGGUGGUGUCGGUGUCGGGGCCGCGCGAGCUGCACGUGCUGGCGGGCGCGCUGUCCGGCGUGCGGCUGCUGCAGCGCCUGCGCCUGCGCAGCAUCGGCAAGGUCGUGCUGCGCAAGGCCGCCCUGCACGCGUACGCCGAGCCUCACGCCAUCCUUGAGGUGAGCGACUGCGGGGUGCUGGUGGUGGAGUCGAAGGCGUGCCAGGGCCUGCGCGGCGCGCUCAUCGCGCUGGUGGCGCGCUGCGGCCACGUGCUGCUGCAGGCCGGCGUGUUCGCGCGCCUGCUCGCUCUCGCCGUCGCGCACGUCCCGCACCUGCAGAUGCAGUCCAACGCGCUCGCGCUCGACAUCAGCGCCGGCCAGGCCACCGUGGUGAACCUGACGCACGUGCUGAUGCCGGAGCUGGCGAAGCACACGUUCCCGUCGCCGGCGGUGGAGGUGCGGCUGCAGGACUGCGAGGUGGUGUCGGUGCGCGAGGAGGCGUUCAGCGCGCUGUCGCUGGGCAAGCUCUCGGUGGUGAACUCGUCGCUGCACGACGUGGCCGCCUCCGCCUUCUCGGACCGCACGCUCAUCGACCAGCUGCUGUUCAGCGGCUCCCGCAUUCACCGGCUGCGCCGCGGCGCCCUGCUCGCCGGCGUCACCAACCUCACCAUCGAGCGCUCCAGGAUAGAUGAAGUGGAGAGCGGCGCGGUGAACAACACGGUGGCUGUGGUGACGCUGCAGCACAACCACAUAGCUCUGGUGCGACAGCAGGGCUUCGUGCUGCGCAAGUGGAACCGCCUCAGGGUCGUCAACAACACCUUCGAGCAGCUCGAAGAAGACUCCAUCUGGGCUCCCUACCAGACCGUCGCCGGUGCGCCAGUGUCGGAGCUGCGCUUCUCGGAGAACCGGCUGGGCGCGGUGUCGGCGGGCGGCCUGCGGUGGCUGGGGGCGGCGGCGGCCGGCGUGGGCUCCAAGACGGCGGCGGGCAACGUGCUGGAGGGCACGCCGUGCCGCUGCGACCUGCUGGGCGAGGACGCGGCGGCGUGGGCGGCGGACGCGCUGCUGUGCCGGCCGGCGGCGCCGCUGCUGGCGCGCUGCCUGCGCCCCAGUGCGCUGCCGGGGGCGGCGCCGCAGCCCGCGCUCUCGCUCGCCAACUUCACGGCCGCCGUCUGCGGGGGCGGCGACGUGCUCGUCUGCCAGGACGCGCCCGCCGUACUCGCCAACGCCGACGGCGAGGAGUCGGGUCGGCGCAGCACGCUGGUGCUGGCGCUGGUGCUGGGGACGGCGGCGGGCGACGGCUCGCCGGGCCACGAGUACGCCGAGCUGCAGCCGCAGGCGGCCGGCACGGGCCCGGGGCCGCCGCCGGGGGCGGGGGCGGACGACGACGCGCUGCUGCCGGCCGAGGACAAGUGGACGCAGACGCUGCCCGAGGAGCUGACGCAGGAGCUGCUGCAGACGCUGCGCGACAAGCUCGACGACCCCGACAACUACAGCGAGGCGCGCGACAUGAUCGAGCACCUCUACGACCUCAUCAAGGUCGAGGAGAGCGGAGCCGAGGAGCGCGAGACGGGCGAGGUGAUCCGGCGGUCGGCGCGCGGCGCGACGCGCAGCACGGGCACGCGGGCGCCGUCGCCGCCGGUGGGCGCUGCGGUGCGCGUGUGCGGCGAGUACCUGGAGCCGCGCGACCGCUCGCCGGACCAGCACCUGUACGCCGAGCUGCCGCCCGCCGCGGGCGCGCCCGCCGCCGCCGCGCUCUGCGAGUACGCCGAGCCGCGCGACAGCCACCGCCACGCCGCCCACCACGUCUACUGCGAGCUGCCCGCCAACAUGGCCGACCGUCCGCUGCCUUCCACGCCCUCCACCCGCUGACACCGUCCGGCGCUGUACCACUCCGCCCCGCCGAAACAAUUCGUCGUCCGGUCGUCCUCGACCACCGCGACUGCCCGGACACUACAAUAGCGUCCGUAAUCGUCGCUCCAGUAGAGCGCGACCACAUCCUUCACCGCGGGCAAUUUCACACACCGGCGGAGCAAGAACCGCGCCCUCGGCGGUGACGUCACCGUCGUACUCGGCGCAUCGUCGACGCCCGGAGCGGCGCUGCGAUUGCGAAAGUGUCCGAGAGUGCAGCGACCACUUGUUGCUGCCGUCUUUCUGGUACCUCUGUCCGACACUCGUCUUCCACAGCAGGGCAGCGGGACUGCGUGCACCGUUUACUGUGAUCGUCCGUCGUGGAGUGGAGUGACGCUGGGAGUGUCGCGUAGUGUUCCUAUGUGUACCGAGACUUCUUUUUGUGGCAGCCUGUUGCGCCGCACGUCCUUUGCAUUAAGACUGUGAGGCGGCGUACGAAGCGCCGCCGUCCUUUAGCUGACUGUGAUAUGUUUUUAAGUGUCACCACUACCCGUGUUCGCGGACAUCUGUUAUCGCUCGUGUACCGCUUAAUGUAGUGCCUGUGUUUUCAGAGAUGUGCUUCUUUUGUCGAGGAGCACGUACGAUCGUUUCUUUCCAUUGUUGUUCUAAAAGCGAAAGAAGAUAAUCGUGCGGCUACAACUGACAGAAGUUGCUCUAUUUUUUCGUUAUGUUUAAAAUAAAUAUUGGUGUAAAUUAUUUUCUCAGUAUAGCACAGAAAGUGUUUACUUCGAAAUUUUGUUCUCCGUCGCAACCUAGCCAUUUUCUAUUGGGGAAUGUGUGUUUCAUGUUGGAGGUUGAAAGAGUUUUCUUAUUCAGAGUUAUCAAUGUCUUUCACGAAUAACGAGGUUAUUUCCGUUCGCAGUGUCACGUGUGUUUCAAAGUAAAUUACCGAGCGUCCUGUCCUCUGAUGCGUAGGUGUGGUUCUGACUGAUGUGCAGCAAACAACGAACAAUGCAUUGCAUAAUGUCUUGCAUUUCCGUUUGUAUAUAAAUAAAUUCAUAUAUAUAUAUAUAAAUAUAACAUGCCAUUCUUGCAGCAAUAAAACAUUUUUAUGUGUAAAAA